GGACAGCGUCUCCGGGACUGAAACCAUAUUAGCACUUGCUCGUUCCAUCUUCGUUUUCACUUGGGUGUAGCACAAUUUAUUCGCCUGAAUUGUUUGUACUUCACUAUGCUGAUAGGUGCGCUCAAUAAUUUUGCAGCCUCUGUGAGCAAAACGGGUGGUGCUUUCAAUUUGCUGUUAGAAUUAGUUGAAAAAUCGUCGGAUCUUCUGCUCCGCAAUGCUGCGUCUCUUGACGGCAUUUUCGAAAGCUUUGAUUUUGAAAAAUACACUUGUCUUCAUGCUGCUAUUUUGCGAGCAAAAUAUUUGUCGAUGGUGAACUUGGACAAAGAAGUUAUCAUUAUGCAAACAAUAGCAUUCUUCGAACAUGGCAACCCCCAGGAUUAUCGGAACAUCUCCUUAUAUGUACGCACCAUUUCACAAGAAUUUACUAAUCGACUUAUUUCCUGGGGGAUGGCAGCGCGUGGUAUUGCUCCAUUAAUUAUGGGCAUACAUAAGCUACAGCGCACACCACACCAACUCACUUCCCUUCAUGCUGACCUUUGUCAACUCGCCUUAUCAGCCAAAUUGUUCAACCCCGUUAUUCCCAUACUGGAUGUGGAUAUUCUUGAAGUUGACAAAAGUUAUUCAUUCAUAGAUGCAAAGGAUUACUUACUCUACUUUUAUUAUGGUGGGAUGAUUUACGGUGCCCUGAAGAACUGGAGCCGGGCGCUGCAUUUUUUCGAACUGUGCUUUAUGAUCCCAUCCAUUUCUCUCAGUUGCAUUCUGAUUGAGGCAGCGAAGAAGGCCAUACUCGUCUCCCUAAUUCUUAACGGAAAGUUCACAACCGUUUUGGAAGUUCCUACGCCCUAUCUUGUGUCCCCAAAACCCUGGAAACGAUAUUGUCAGCCUUACUUGGCAUUGGCAUCAGUCUUUCAGAAACAAGAUCCUGCGGCAUUGGCCUCUUUAGUGGCAGCACACCGCGAUGUGUUCGUCGAGGAUCACAACUUUGGCCUGGUUAAACAAGUUUUGAAAAGCCACAUAAAACUUCGAAUCCACAGUCUGACGAAGACCUUCAUGACCAUGUCUCUAUCCGAUGUUGCCAAUCGCGUGAAGCUAUCAGGCCCUCAAGAAGCAGAACGAUAUCUGGUUGAAAUGAUCGCAUCCAAGGCCAUUUUCGCUCGAAUUGAUCAACGAGAUGGAACGGUUUACUUCUUAGAUGAUACCGAGCAAUACUGUUCGAUGGAAAUGUUUCUGAAUCUGCAAAAAAAGAUGGAGGAGUGUGUGGCUCUUGAGAAGCACUUGAUGGAGGUAUCCGAUCAACUGGUCGAAAGCCCGGGUUAUGCAAAGCGGAUGUUGGAACUGGAGACAAAAACCUCCAAGACCUCGGGAUGUUACUGAAUCAACCCAAAUGAGCCCCUUAGUACUGCGAGAAUAUAAUCAUGAGCAC